UCACAUAUCUUUGAUGAUAAUGAAUGGGCACUGAAGUUGUUAAGGCCAGCUGUUUCCUGUCAAAGCAAGAUAUUGUAUGUCACUGUAAGCUUUGACGCAGCCCUUCCUGUGAAUGGAGAAGUGUCUGUACUCAUGGCCAGUAUUUCAUACACGCAAGUUACACGUUCUACUCAGUGUGACUCUUCCCUUUGUUGUAAUCUCGCUUAUAAAGUCUUGUUAAAGCUCUAACAUACUUGUUGCUGCCACAUAAUCGUCCUUUUAGCUUGAAGAUGCACUCAUUGUUGUCCUUUGUCUUUUAGUCAGCGCUGAGUCAGAUAGUUGACUGUUCCUCAGUAGGGAACCAGUGUAGCCCUCUGUGUUCCACAUCUGGCUGUGGAUCGCCUGCAGCCAGAAAAUAACCCAUCUCAUACUGGCUUAGUGAGAAAGGGAAGUAAGAGUAGAGAGGGAGGAGGCGGUUGUGGUCCUGUACUAAUGAAAAAAAUAAAAGUCAGGGAGGAAUAGAGGAAUAAAGGAUGGGCCCAGUGUUUCCUCUCUGUUAUCCGAAGAAGUGUUGCAGUGCUGUGAACGAUCAUGUUUCAGUGUCUGUAAGCGACAUAUUCUGGGCUUUAAUACAAACAGCUGUCACACCGGAGUCAAAUGGCUUAAUCGCUCGGUUGUAUUUUGGACUACUGUGUGGGCCAGGAGUAUAAGACUAUGGCUUGUGUGGAGGUAGAGACACUCGGCGACUGCUGCGCUAGGUUCAGAGCAAGAGCAGUCCUGCAGUUGAGGCUUCAGCAGAGGCGAACCCGGGAGCAGCUGGUGGACCAGGGCAUCAUGCCACCUCUCAAGAGCCCAGCAGCUUUCCAUGGCCAGAUCCGCAGCUUGGAGAGAGCCAGGACUGAGAAUUUUCUGAAGCACAAGAUCCGCAGUCGUCCUGAGAGAGCAGAGCUGGUCAGGAUGCACAUCCUGCAAGAGACUGGAGCAGAGCCCUCACUGCAGGCCACUCAGAUGAAGCUGAAGAGGGCGCGGCUGGCCGACAACCUCAACGAGAAGAUCGCCCAGAGACCCGGCCCCAUGGAGCUGGUGGAGAAGAACAUCCUGCCGGUGGAUUCCAGCCUUAAACAGGCCAUCAUCGUGGGCCAGGUGAAUUAUCCCAAGGUGUUAGACGAAGACAGCUGUGAUGCGCUGUCCCCAGAGCAGCCGGCCAGCCAGGAGUCCCAGAGCUCCGUCCCCUCACCAGGGGAGAGCAAAGCACCAGAGACGCCCUCUCCAGCUCCAGCACCACCACCGCUCUCCAGCACCAUGCUGCAGCCUCUCCCAGUUGCUACACAAGCAACAACUGACUUUGUUAAAGUCAUCCCGACCAAUGAGCUUCCUGUCAGCCGCCCAGCAGCCACUCCUGCUCCCUCCAAACCAGGCCCAACCCUGGUGAAACAAAGCCAGCAGAAGACGCCGUCAGAGAAGAGUCGCAGUAAGAAAGGCAAAGAGCCGAAGCCCAGGGUGAAGAAGCUCAAAUACCACCAGUAUGUUCCCCCAGACCAGAAGCAGGAGGCCAGUGAAGCACCCAUGGACUCUUCUUAUGCCCGACUGCUGCAGCAGCAACAGCUGUUCCUCCAGCUGCAGAUCCUCAGCCAGCAACAGCAGCACUACAACUACCAGACUAUAUUACCAGCACCCCUCAAACCUGUGGCAGAGGGUCAGGGCAGCGCUGCCAGCAGCCUGCCAACCUCCAUCGUGGUGUCUCUGCCCACCGCCCCUCCGCCUCCCCCUCCGCUUCCAGCUCAGGCCCGGCCAAACAACUCGCUGUCUAACCGCAAGCCAGGAGUCCUGCCUGCCAACCUGGAGGAGAUGAAGGUGGCGGAGCUAAAACUGGAGCUAAAGCUGCGUGGCCUUCCUGUGUCAGGAACAAAGACUGAUCUCAUAGAGAGACUGAAGCCUUUCCAGGAUAAUCCCAGCACCUCUGCUCCUGCCACCACCACCUCCAUCCCAAUGGAUGUCACCACUGCCACCACCACCACCGCCGCCCCUGCCAUAGUCCUCCCAGUCCAGCAGGUGGCUCCAGAGAACAUGAGCUCAACGCCGCCGGUCUCACCUAGUCCUGCUGAUCCCUCUGCUUUCCAGCACGAUGUAGGCAUGUCUGAGGCUCCCUCUGAAGUACAGAUGGUGAGCUCUGUCUCUGCAGGUCCACAGUCCUCAUCUGUCCCGUCUUUUCAAGUCCCAGAGGAGAAGGACAGGAGGCUCCAUGAGAAGGAGCGGCAGAUAGAGGAGUUGAUGAGGAAGCUGGAGCAGGAGCAGAAGUUGGUGGAGGAGCUGAAGAUGCAGCUGGAGGUGGAGAAGAGAGGCGGCACUGCUGCCGACUCUGCCUCUUUGUCUCCUAAACUCAUGAAUCCUGCUCCUACCCUGCUGAAUUCAAAUGUAGUCAAAAUGGAGGGCACAGUCCUGUCAAACUGUUCGUCCGCUACUGCCACCAUCCCAAACUCUGUCCUCUCCCAGGCUCUCACAAGCCCCCUACCAACUGUGGUGAAGUUGGAGGAUGUGACUGUUUCUGCUGGCAAGCCGAUCCAGCUCCAGACCCAAACCCAGCUCAUUACCCAGAUCCAGCCCCAAGCCCAGCCCCAAGUAACCCCCAGCCCUCAGCUCCUCCCCCAGUCGCAGAGAAGUCCCAAACUUCAGACCCAGCCCCAACCGGCAGCCACCAACCUGCAACAGUUCUUCAUCAGCCACUCAGGUGGAGUCUCCCAAGUCCUGGGUCAGCCUCAGACUCUGCUGACCACAACUGGCCAGGCUGGAACUCAGAUCCUCCUCCCCGUCUCACUACCUAGCAACGCUACUGCAAUCCAGCUGCCAAACACCACUGUCAGCCUGCAGCCUGUCCUCCAGGCCACAGUCUCAAACCCAGGUCUGGUUCAGGCCUCAGUUCCUCAGCUGCAGAGCACUAAGAUGGAGACGGCACCCAGCCAGCAGUUAGCCAACCACAACCCAAUGCUGCAGACUCUGACAUUGUGCAAUAAUACUACUGGUUUGGAGAACCAGGCGAGACCUGAGAUGAAUCCCCAGUGUUUCCUCAGAAGCUCCCCAGAGAACAGGGUUUCUCCUCGGGCUUCACCCAACCACCACAUCUCCAACGGUCCGCUUAAUAAGUCGUCUUCUCCCCAGCCUGCCUUUAUCCUCCAGCCCACCUCUCUUAUCACUCAGCCUCCCAAGACAAGAGAGCCUCCCCGCUACGAGGAGGCUGUCAAACAGAGCCGCAACAUGCACGUCAACAAUGUUUCACAGGUUCCCACGGCAACCAGCCAGCAAAUGGAUGAUUUAUUCGACAUCCUCAUAGAGAGUGGAGAAAUCACACCAUUUAUCCAGCAGGACCCUCCAGUGUCUCUCAAUAAGACCCUCCCAGUCACAGCCAGUAUCACCACCCUGCCUGUCAGUACCGCCCUCUCCCGACCGCCUCCACAGAUCCAUUUGGCCCCUCCGCCCACCCUGAGCCCGGCUGUGGACCCCAGCCUGCACAGCCUCUCCUCUCUGGCCACAGACAAUCAGCUGGAGGCCUUCCUGGAGGGGACGCUGGCAGAAACGUCGCCGGUCUCAGACCCGCGCACGCAGGGCCUGAUGGAGGAGCUGCAGGCCCAGCUGAUGGAACAGCAGCCCUACUCACCCAUGGACACCUCAGACCUGUCCUUCUGCGACUCCUCCUCACCCCCUUCCUCGCUUAACAUGGGCCUGUCCGAUCCAGCACUGGACAACAUGGAGUGGCUGGACCUCACCAUGCCCCCGGGUCCCGCCGGGGUGCUCACGCCGCUGGGGAUCCCGACAGACUUCCUGGAUACACACGACCUGCAGCUGCACUGGGACUGACGGAGGACUGGAUGAGGAAGACGGAGGAGAGUCAGCUGAGCAGCUGAGCCAGGGGGAGUGAAAGAUGGAGGGAUGAAGAGAAAAAGAAAGGGAUUCACAGCCGCAAAAGAGGUUGAGGUUAAACAUUUUAAAUAAGGAAAAAAAGGAGGAGGAAAGAUGGCAUUUCUGUGCCAUAUCACUCUCUAACCAUUCAUCUAUACCAUCUGUAAUAUUCCCACUAUACUACAGUAAGAGACGCUGUAUAGGCAGUGUACUGAUCGAGCUGAACUACAAGCAGGAGUUUGCACAGCUUUAAAAGAGGGCAUGAAAAUGUCAUCACUAAGGUGAUUGUGAUAAAGGGAUUUUAAACAGAGUAGACUUUUUCCAGAGUCUGAUGUCAUGAUUUUUAUGAUAGAGGAGACAGAGCCAAAUGAAGACUGUUAGCACAGACUGUGUGUAAAUACUGUUAAAACCACACUAACACAACUCGACUUUCUCUCAGUGAGAGGGCCUGAGUAUAGAACUGAUGGCUGAGACCGGCCCAGUUGUUUCUAUUGGAAGUUUGUCUGGUUGGCGAUCAGUGAAUGCUGCGUCUAUUUUACCGUGUAAGCACAGUAACUAAAUGUGUAAAAGGAAAAUCUCUGGAGGUGCUCGGAUGUGAGGGCCUUUGCUCCACUGACGCAUACUGUGCCAUACCAGGUUAUAAAAGCUGGUAGUUACAGUUUUUAUAACAGAGUCUCUCUAAUUGACAGAUGUAGUUGUGAUGACAACACAGAGAGAGCAGAUAGGAUUCUCCCUAGAGAUCUGUCUCAGUCUUGUCCUGGGAGAGUGCAGCCUCUGCUCCUGACUUCACCCUGGGAGAACUGAGACUGAUCCAGUCUGAGAAGUUUCUGUCUGAGGAGCUGGAAUAUCAAACCCACCUGUUCCCUUUAUGAUUCAAAGCCAGACGUGCUCAGUCAGUCACCGAGCCAAGUUUUAAAACUACCCAGCUGAGAGGAGGUCAGGCCUCCAUUCACACUGGUCCAGUCUACCACAUACUGUAGAUGUUUGACGACUGAUCUGAUAUGUUGCAUCAGAUGUGACUGUUUUCUUCUGACCCAUUGCGACCCUCCCGCCCCCACCCCGGUCAAGCUGAUGAACCAAUGACUCUAAACAACAAAGACUCUAAAGACUGGACUCCAGUGAGACGAUGAGAGGAGGAAGCUCCUCCAUCUAUGUGAGAGCUAUGCACUAAAAGAGGCGGAGAGAUCUAAAGACGAGCCUCAUUCACCUCAAAACAAGGAAAUGUGAACUUUGCAUAUCCAAGGCGAUCGUUAACACGAAGUGAUGGAUGCGAGUGUGAUCAGCGUGCCGAUCACGUGGCCAAUCGCUCCUGCAGUUGUUGUCCAAGUCUCUUAUUUUGAAUGUACUUUUGAAAAGAUCAAAAAAAUAGGACUUUACUUACAAAGUUGGCAGCUUUUUUUUCUCUGAUAGUAAACUGACAUUAAACAGUAGAAAGGGAACAAAUAACAGUUUAUAAUAGCAAGACACACAUUCAUAAGAGGUGUGAGCUGUGUGCUCUAUAUCAAGAAAGAUGUCUUUGGAGAAGAUGAGCUUUAUAUCUAGCUGUCCUACAGUAUCCCUGCACUUUGUCUCUGCGUGUAUGUGUAUGUGUGUGUGUGUGUGUGUGUGUGUGUGUCGGGGUGGGAAAUUACUGCAACACUAACCAACAAACAUGCCAGUUAAAACUGCCUGUAGCUGAUGAGUUAGUCUGCUUUACCAGCCUGUUUAUCAAGAGACCAACCAUCAUUUAGAGGAAUCAAUAUUCUAAAGUAACAUCUGGCUGGUGAAACAGUCUAAAUGUGUGAUGCAUCAGCUGCUGUGGCCUGUAGACAAAGUUCAUUUCCUGACCACGUGGGGCAAGCAAGCAUGUUGAUUUACCUGUGUGUGGACUCGUCCUCCCGUCUCCUGCAUGUUCUUCUCGGUUCGUCUCUGUGUGCAUGAUUGUAUUCACGUUUUAAUCUCGGGCUGUUUCGAGCGCUUUUAACAGCCGUCGUCUAUGAAAUCAAAGCGUUUUCUCUCCAGUCGCGAUAUUCCUAACUUUACUCUUCAAAAGGCUUCUGAUGACUGUUGUACUGUUUUUGGUGUUCAGUCGGUGUAAUGCAGUCAAAAACGCACACACACCUUUGAGGUGCAUAACACAGCCGAAGAGGGCUUAGCUCCUUUUAAAGUCAUCAUAAAUUCUCAUGUUUAUUUUUAAUGGAUUGCAUCAUAUCCCACUCACUGUUUCUUUUCAAACUGAAAUAUUGAGUUACUGACUGAAUAGCUCAGUCUGAAUAUAAUGUUGGGAUUGAUACAGUAAUACUGUAUGGCACUUUGUAAUAAGAUUGCUUUUUUAAAUCAUUUGCUCAGUGAAAUGACAUUUACAUUUUAACCACUUUCUUGUGUUAUUACGUCCAUGGGCACUAGAGGGCGUUCACUCUCCAGUUGUGGCAUGCCAGCACAUUUUCAGAGGCGGUUAGUUCAGGGUCAUUUUUAGCAGAAGAAAAAGUAAACUGAGCUGGUUUUUUUCUCCUCUUUCUGCAUUUUAAAGAAAUGUAAUUUCUGCUUGUAUAAUACAGAUUUGCUGUUAACAUCAGCAAUAAUGUGGAGGCCCUGAGCAAAACGACUGAGAGCCCUUUACAUCAACACUGUCUUGUCAAUGAAGCGUGAUGCUGCGUUGAACAUGUUUAUCAUCAGAUCAGGUCAAGACACUUGGAUGUGCCCAAAUCCAGUACGUUCGACCUCCUGAACGAGUUGGCGCCAAAUACUGCACAGACCUGCUCCUGGGCUUUGUUGUAUGUCCCCGCUGCACCUGCUCACAGGUCUAGUUAUAUUUCUGUUUUUCCUCACAUUGCUGCGAGUGUUAAAUCCUACAUAGGAUCAACAGUAGAUGCCAGUAGUUGACUUAUGUGUAUCCUAGAGGAGAUGAGGAGUUUAUUGUGUUUGUUUUUUUUUUUCUUCAGUCUGUCAGCUUUAAGGUUAUCAAUUUGAUAUUUGAUAUUUUGUUGCCAAAAAGGCAGAGGAACAUAUUAUCAUGUUUUGUUAAUUUUUUUAGAGUGAAAAAUAUAAGGAAAAAAACAUUUAAUCUUGUUUUCAUGCUCAUGUAAAAAUAUGUAAACAGAUAUUUCAUGUGUAUAUUUUUGGUUUGCAGAGUUUUUUUGGUUCUGUUUUACAUAUUGUUUUGCAUAUCAGACAUACACAAACCUCUUGGGUGCAGUAAAUCUACAUGUUUUACACUCAAUGAUGUAACAUCACUUUAACCAUUGGCCAUCCAGGUCUCUGACUGGCCAGACAGGGACAGCGAAAAGCAAUAAUGGCUGCUCUCCCUUGAUAUACUGUACUGUAUGUCAAAUCCUGCCUUGAUUUUAUUAAUGUAAGAGCCUUUACUGCAUAAAGAGUAAUACAUUAUUUCAAAAGCACUUCAUAUCUGAGUGGUUAAGCGAGGGUUUGUUGUUUGAAUAACCCUCUUACAUUAGAGGUUUGUAGAAGCACCGUCAGUCAGGCUUCCACAUAUUGACUCCAGCUCUCCUGCUCGUCCUCAUUCACCUGUAUCAUCACGUGAACGUUGUGCUUUUUUUUUUCGGGUGGAGAAGCUGAACUUGAGAACAGAAGCUCUGCACAAGACGUUUCAUUAUGGUAGAUGUAUUUCUGGGAACAUUAGAGAAAGAGGCACUGAGGUUCUCCACCCUCAUCAGUUGAUUUACAUUCUCCAUUGUAGCUGAGUCUCCUCUUUAUCUCCACCACCCAUGCCAUGCCUCUUGUUUGUAAUGCCAUAUGUUUUGCACAUUGUGUAUAUAUUUAUAUAGAUGUAAUGCAUAUUUUUAUACAUGUGUAACAUCCAUGGGCUCUCUAUUUUGUAAAUACUCAAAAAGAUGUAUAUAAGUACUGUAUGCCUUUAUGUGUCAAUAAAAUUUGGUGUACUGUGAA